AAAAAAAAAAAAAAAAACGGCCUGGGGACCGUGUGUGAGUGGGCUCGGCUCCUUUGACGAGAAAAAAACGCCUGAAUGCUUGGCCUUUUUGCCUUCCAUAUAUUCUCUAGAUCUACCUCGAGUCGUCCCCUCGAGUCGUUCCCGGAUCGUAGUUUUUCGACUUGUAAGUGCUACCUCGUGGCUCAACCUCUCUUGCUUACCUCCUACUCCCUUCUCCUCCUCCUCCUCCUCUACCUUUCCCUCUGUCGCGUGCGUGUACGUGUGCGUACGUGCGCAAAGCCACAGCCAUGUCGGAACCCAAUCCAUUAUCGUCAGCGCCGUCAUCAUCGCCCUCGUCAUUCACGCUCUUCUCCUGGCUGCCCGCCGAGUUGAGGCUCGAGAUAUGGCGACUCACCUGCCACCCGAGGGUCGUCGAGGUCCUGUACGACGUUGAGAGCGACCAGUGCCUCUCGUCGACACCGCCUCCGGCCGUCCUGCACGUCUGCCGGGAGUCGCGCCUCGAGGCGCUGCGGGUGUACCGGCCCUCCUUCGGCACGCGGUCGCGCGAGCCGAGGAUCUACUUCUGUCCGGACCGGGACACGCUCUACCUGCCGCGGCCGCCGCUCAUGGGCUACGACGACGCGGCGCGCUCCUUCGCCGACCUCGUCCCCGGCGCCGGCGACGCCGUCGUCAACCUCGCCAUCGACUACAUCCGCCCCGCCGUCCGCCGCCCCUGGGAGACCUACAACAAGUACGCCCUCAUGCAGAGCUUCCCCCGCGUCCAGGAGGUCGAUCUCGUCCUCAGCACCGACGGCAUCGCCAACGCCGACGCCGACCCCAGCCUCCCGGACCGCAGCGCCGGCGCCAGCGACGAUGUCAAAUACGAUGGCGCCCAUGGCGACCUUGACCUGGCGGACCCCGUCGGCGACGUCUUGGACCUCUGCCGACUGCUCACCAACAUCAAGGAAUCCUUCUUCUACGAAGUCGGGUCCGACUACAUGCUCGGCGAUCCCAAGGAGGAAUUCUACGAGCGGCCCGUCCUUCCUCCGAUAGUGUUAAAGUCCAAAGUAGUGUCACCGCAUCGAGACCACAGGGCAGCCAUCGGUGCUUGCGUAUGAUCGGAUGCCGCACGUCUCUCUUCUAUUCUUGUAUACGCAUCUUACCCGGGAGCCUCGUCAUUGUAUAUAUUAGGUUAAACGUGGGUUAUAAAACGGAAGAUACCUAGAGCUCGCGCAGACUAGAUUUACUUGUUUUGUUCAAACGAUCCACCGAUGCAUCUUACCUAGACUUGUUAACAAGUGUUUCUAACGUACGUGACACUAGUCCUCUGCUACGCCAUCCCCGAAGCCCGCGUAUUCGUUAUUCGCGACGAGCGAGGGAUUACAGGAGAAGUACAGCACUAGAAUACCCA